UUCAAUUAAUCUAUCAUUUCAACUGUUUAACUUAUCAGUUUUAUUCGAAAACGUCAAUUUAUCAAACCAAAAAUGUAUUUCUACAUUUUCAUCGUGAUGUAUCUAACUAGUUGUCUUUCGAACGCAUAUCUUUUCGAAUUUUCACCUUUGGACAAGGACAUGGAAUUGACUAUGGCAUCCCGAAAUGUUUUGAAAAAUUUGUAUAUAGAGAAUACAAUGAAUAAUCAAGUAAUGAAAUUAACGAAAUUUGAUUCGCUAUUGGUUUUUUUUAGAUUGGUACAUAAUUUGGAUGAUCGUGAAAUUAUAACAUUAUUCUUUGACGAAGUUCAAAAUAAUAAAUACAAAAUUAUGAAUUUGGAUCAAUUUUUGAAACAAAUGAAAAAAGUUGUACAAAUAAUUGAGGAUCGAUUAAAAACUAUUUAUGAAAAAUAUCUCAACAAAGAUAAAAAGAUGACUACAAACGAAUUAAUAAAAGCUAUAGAUGAAACUAGUUUCAAAAUCACGCAAGAUAAAGCUACUAAGUUAAUAAAUAAUGAAAGUAUUGACAAACAAGAUAUCAGCUUUGAAAAAUUCAGAGAAAUGUACGCGAAAUAUUAUCGUGAAAUACUUGAUGAUUUAAUACAAAUAAAAGACCCUAAAAAUAAAGCUUUUAGGUUAGCAAAAUUGGAGGUUACAAUGGAUUGGACUAAGGCACAAGAGAGUAUAUGUCAACAAAUAAUAAAUGAGAGAUUUGAUAGCCUUAUAUGACUGAAUGUGUCUACAAAAAGUAUGAAACAUUCAAGUUGUCCAAUCUCCGUUUAUGCUGUUUGUGACACAUUAUAUAAAGCCUAAAGAUCCUGUUUGCUAUUCACUUAUUCACUAAUCCUUCUUCAGCAAAGUUACUGUCACUAAUUAUUCCUUAUAAACUUCAGUGUAUUCUUUUAUCUGUCUGAACACUCUUAACUCAAUUUUAUAAGUUUUUAAAAAAUCCACUUAUUUUUUGUUAAAAUAAUUAAUACUUUUGCAUUACAAUUAAUACGAUUUUAUAUAAAUAAUUCAUUGCGAUAGAAUAGAAAUAAAUAUAUAAAUUUUGAA